GAACCACCCGUGAAGGAAGCCCGCAAAGAACAGUUGUGAGCUCAAGGGUUUCCCUGCUAGAGGCGGCGGCCACUGUUGCAGCCGACGAGCAGCGCGAGGGCAGCUCAGGCGGACGCACGGCGUACGGCGGGGAUUCCGAGACGGGUGCGGGGAGGUCGGAGGGGCUGCGGGCGGAUCCUCAACACUAAUCGCCACCACCUUCAGGCCAACCGCCGCCACCCCCGGCAGCGGGCAAGCCAUGAGCAAGCGAGCCAAGAUGACAGAGCCAGAGGCGCGGACCACCAUUGUAAGCUCUUGUGUCCAGUUCAGAAUUGACUACGAGCAGACCAAGCAGUUUCCCAUCGGCAAGGCUGUCCACUCCGACGUCUUCUCCGCCGGAGGACACCUCUGGGUGAUUGACUUCUUCCCGCAUGGGGACAGGGAAGCCGACAAGGGCGAGUAUAUUUCCAUCUUCCUCGUUCACGCUACCAAAUCCAGAAGCGCCAGGGCCAACUUCGAGGUCUCCAUGAUGGGCAGGGACGGCAAACCAUCGGACAUACGAAGGACGUGUAAAACCUUCGGAAUCAGUGAGGACGACGACGACUCAUGGGGAUGGUAUCAGUUCAUGAAGCUUAGUGAUGUGGAGAAACGUUUCUUAAAAGAGGGACACAUCACAUUCGCAUGCACGAUCAUGGUCAUGGAUGGCAGUGCUAUUCCGGUCCUGGUCCCGCCUUCAGACAUCGGGAUUCAUCUUGGCCGCCUACUAGAUAAUACUGAUGGGACAGAUGUGUCAUUCACCGUCGACGGCGAGAAAUUCCCUGCUCACCGGGUAGUGCUUGCUGCCCGCUCACCGGUCUUCAGAGCAGAGCUGUUCGGUUCCAUGGCUGAGGCUACAAUGUCAUCCAUCACGUUGCACGACAUCACACCUGCAACAUUCAAAGCUAUGCUUCGGUUCAUAUACACGGAUGAAUUGCCUGCAGAAGCUGAGCCCGAGGAUUCUUCUGUUGAGAUGUUUCAGAAUCUACUCGCUGCGGCUGAUCGGUAUGCACUUGACCGACUAAAGUUUAUUUGUGCCGAGAAUCUACGGGCUAAAGUGUCGGCAGAUACUGUUGCAACUAUCUUAGCUUCCGCCGAAACCCACAACUGCCACGAGUUGAAGAAAAAGUGCAUCGACUUCUUUGCGGUGGAGGAAAAUUUCAAAGAGGCCAUGUUCACCGAUGGUUAUGCAUUGCUAGUUCUGAAAUUCCCAUCAAUUACUGCUGAGCUCAAAAAGAGGGUUAAGGCAUAGCACGUCUAUACCUCAGGCGCUCAAGCAUAGCUUCAGUAUUGUUUUGGUAUAUAUAUGGCGAGUAGUUUCUGACAUCAGGUCAAGCAUACAAUCUCUGUUUGGGGAGCCUGGGAGCUCGAUAUUGCAGAAUCUUGCUAAGUGUUGGGCUUAGUUGCUAUGAGUACCGAUAAGUGUGCUGUCAGAUCACUCAGAUGCAAAGUUAAGGAUGUCGUCGUGUUAAAUCAGCAUCCCAUUCUGUUUUUGUUUCUGUGCUGGUUUGGACAUGUUGUGUCCUGAAGCUUUUAGGAUGUUCACUUUUGCUAUGCUGGUCCAUAACUAUCUAACUAUCUGUAGUCUUAUCUCCAUGAAUAUUUUAUGAUCGGUGCAAGUA